AUGAAGUCCGCCCUCGCCCUCCUCCUCACCACCCUCGCGGUCCUCGCCGCCGCCGCCCCUCUAAACAUCAACCUGGGCGCCUACUCGCCUGCCCUGGUAGUCGGCGAUGGAGCCAUCGGGUUCCACGGCGAAGAAGCAGAAGGAGGAGGAGCGGCUGCCGCGGAAGCGCAGGAUAUUGUUGGUGUCGUGGGGGUUGUUCAGACAUCACGGGAGGAGCAGAUGCGAGGAUUUCGGUAG